GUUUCAUUAUUUUGUCGUUUAUCAGAAAAAUUUUUCUUUUUUCUUUAAUAUUUUAAAAUGUAUUUCAAAAGAUGAUUAUUUUCAUGAGACAAUUAACUUUAGUGAUAUCGUAAUUGGGGUCAGUGCAUCCUAAGGCAAAAUUUCAUAAGGUGAUUAAGGGCGAGUGUAAUGUCAUUUCUUAUAAAUACUGUGAUUACUCGAAAAGAUUUCAAGUGUGAGAAACGUAGUGGGCGUCACCGCAAGCGUCUUGGUCUUGUGUCAUUUUAGCAUUGCGUGACCGGUCGUCGUAGUGUUAACAAGUUGAAUAUCAUCGAUCGAUUGUUUUUACACACAGUUUCUCUAUAAAUAAUUAGAGAGAAAAAAGAAAUUCAACUUUCCUUUUCUAAAUUCAAAGAAUUUUAUUUUCUCAUCUCUCCAACUUACUCGUGCAAUUCAAUCUUGUUCUUAGUGUUUUCAUUUGAGAAUAACAAAUCCAGGAAUCAGAAUGUCACAACAACAAUACUAUCCAUUCAAAUGCACACCAACGGUUUAUCCGGCGGAGCCAUUCAACGCAAAUGUUGACGCAGAGACGUUGAAGAAGGCGAUGAAGAAGGACGAGAAGGCCAUCAUCGACAUCCUCACUCAUCGCGGUAUCGUUCAACGGCUCGAGAUCGCCGAGGCCUAUAAAACCCUCUAUGGCAAGGACUUGAUAAGCGAUUUGAAAGGUGCCCUCAGCGGUAAAUUGGAGAAUGUAAUUGUCGCUCUUAUGACACCGUUGCCACAUUAUUAUGCCCAAGAAUUGCACGACGCUGUCGCUGGACUUGGAACCGACGAGGAAGCAAUUAUUGAAAUUCUCUGCACCCUCAGUAACUACGGAAUUCGCACGAUUGCCACUUUCUACGAAAAUCUUUAUGGAAAAACUUUGGAACAUGACUUGAAGGGCGAUACCUCAGGACACUUUAAACGACUCUUGGUUUCAUUGACUCAGGCCAAUCGGGAUGAAAAUCAAACCGUCGAUCACAAUCAGGCCGCUGAAGACGCACAGGCUCUUUAUGAAGCCGGUGAAAAACAAUGGGGAACAGAUGAAUCGAAAUUCAAUCAAAUUUUGGUGAAUCGCAGUUAUCAACAACUUCGUCAGACAUUUUUGGAAUAUGACAAACUCGCUGGACAUGAUAUUGAUGUAGCAAUUAAGAAAGAAUUCUCCGGCUCUAUUGAGAAAGGUCUUCUUGGAAUUGUAAAAUGCGUCAAGUCUAAGAUUGGCUUUUUCGCUGAGAGACUUCAUGCGAGUAUGCAUGGACUUGGAACCAAGGAUCGCACUCUGAUUCGAAUUAUCGUUUCUCGAAGUGAAAUUGAUCUUGGCGAUAUUAAGAAAGCAUUUAGUACUGUUUAUGGAAAAGAUUUAGAGAGCUUCAUUGAAGGUGACACAUCUGGUAACUACAAAAGAGCUCUUCUCAGUCUCGUGAAAGACACACCUUAAGGUGGAAAAAAAAUAAUUGACAAUUUCCUAUGUGUCGCUCGCUUUGUUGGUGCACUGCCUAAAAUCAAAUGAAUCUCCUAUCGUCUUUUUGACAAUUCUACACAUAAAUUUUAAAAACGCUUCUAAUGAAAUUAAUCGACUUGAAAUUGAAACUUAAAAGAGCAAAGCGAUCAGAUAAAUGAAAAAUCAAUGAAAAUUUAAUUUAAUUACAUAUCUGUAAAUUUUUUGUUCUUUAUUCUCUUAUAAAAGACAGGGCAUUUACUUAAAUUUUAAUUUUUUUUCGUUUUUAUAGAAUUAAUUAACAAUGAAUAGUGCAUCUUUGAUUGUUCAUUCAACUGUUAAUAUUUCUAUUACUUUUUUUCAACCUCAAAAUGUUAUAGUCAAUGUGAACCAAGUAAAAAGAGAUUUUUGUCUAAUUAUUUAUAAUCUGUAAAAAUUGUUUCUUUAUUUGUCAAAUUGUAAAAAAUAUUAAAUGUUAAUAGAAUUUUUGUUUCUUUAUAAAAGUUUAAUUAUCAAAAAUAAUGAUUUUUUCUUUUAAAAUGAUUUAUUGACAAGUCAUUGUUAUUUUUAAUAAUAGUUGAUGACGCACUGAUUUAUAAAAAAAAAAAAUGUUAAACUAUAAUUAAAUGAAAAAUCUGGUGCUUAAGAAAAAUUGAAUAUUUUCUUUUGCUCGAUAAAAAGAUUAAAAAAAGUGUUCAAAUAUUAUAAAAUAGGCUUCAAAUCUUUUCUCAUGUUAUCUUAUACACAUUAGUAUAUACAUAUAUAUAUAAAUAUAUUUUUUUAUGUAAGUUUGCUAUUGUCACUGUUUUCAGAUUAUACGUCUAUUUUCUACAGAAAAGCAAAAUUAUAUUAUUUAUUGACAAUCGGUUUGUUUCUUAUUGAAACUCCGUAAAGCAAUGUUCACGGGUCAAUGUUAAAAUUAUUUUAAAAUGCAAAUAAAGAAAUUAACACAA